GCAAAAAUCAUUCUGGGUGUAUCCUUUUUCUGAAGCGGUAGUGCAACGUGUUUCACUUGAAUAGUUUCGCAAUGGAGUACAACCUAAGAACUGUGACCAAAUCGUGCAAGAAAUAUCAAAGCCUUCGGUUUCCGUUGAAAAUCUGGAUUCUGGUCAACGCGGGCGGGAAUCGUUCUCUGUUUUGGGACACGACGAAGCUGGCCAUCAUGGUCAAUCCUGAGGCUUUGCAACACUAUCUGGCCUCGUGUGGGUCAAUUUUUGCUUUCAACAAGCUGGAAACCUUCCACUGGCUAAUGGAAUUCAAUGGGUUCGAGCUGGAUCGGUGCAUGGGUGAGAAGACAGGAAUUUUGCGGUACAAACAUCCGUCCUUUACGGGAGAGAACCGCGCCAAAUUCGAACAGCUGCUGCGUAGUCCACAACAACGGGAGGUGCAGGACGGGCGAAGAAGUAACUGCUCCAUCCAACGGACGAGCAUUUUGAAACAAUCUGAUACAGAUAGGUCUGAUUCUGAAAUCAUAAAGUCUCAAGUGUUCGCAAGCAUUGCGCUAGAAAAAUCCUGUUUACUGACGGAAAUUGAAUCUUUGGUGAAAUCAGUUCGUGAAGCGUACAAUAAUCUGGCGAAGACGGAUGGUACUGAUGCAGAAGUGCCGAUCAUUGAGGUACCGGAUAAGUAUUGCGACGAAGCUGUUGCUGACAUUCCACUGUACAACAAGCAGCGUAUCAUCGCUGGAAACUACGGACGGGUCAACUCAGAAGAUUUGAAGCGGUUUUUCGGAGAUUACUUUCCGGUAUAUGAAGACUCGCCUGGUCCGAUGGAUUCGGAAACUUUGGUGGACCAACCCAAAGAAAAUUCGCCAGAGAUGGCCACCAACGAAGUCAGCGAGGAAACCACAACUGAAGUAGACUUGACUUCGUCGCCGGAACCGACGACAAAUACGCUGGAGACAUUUGACUACCAGAAUAACCAGGAGGCCAUGAGGAACGAUUUGAAGAAUUUUAACACGUCCGAUAUGCAUUUGCUGGGCUUUGGUGAUGAAACGGAAGGUUUCGCUCAGGUGAAGCAUAGCGCCAGUAGCUUGGCCGAUACCGAUCAAAUGAAUGAGGCACAGUUCCAGCUGUAUUCGGACAUUCGCGCAACUCUUGAUAUGCUGAAUCAGAUUUAAAUGAUUUGUAUGAUAGAUUUAAAUACUUAAUAUAAUAAUGAUGGGUGGAUUCCAGUC